GUUCAAUCCUAUUCUAUCAUCUCAUCAGAAUUCAAAAUGUCAGAUACACGAGAUGCGUGCACUCACUUUCUGCGCGCCAUGGAUAUCGGAUCGAUGAGACGUAAACGUUGCCCAUUUGCAGCCGUUGACUCCUGUAUAAUCACUGUGCUGUGGGUAUUGAUAUCCAUAAGGACUAGAGCUACUCACUUGCCUCCAACGAACUUGUACAUGCUCUAUGUUUUCGCUGGACCGUUGGCAGCCUGAGCCACGGCCGCGCAUAUGGCCUGGGACGCUCUUGCAAGUUGCAACAUAUUAGUGCACAGUAGGCUCAUUGCGCAUAUCUUCGAGGUCGCUGGAGGUCGCUGCCACCUACAUAAUCAAAAGUUUCGAUUCGUCGUCGGCUUUCGACGUACCUGCACGCAUUCAUAUAUAGUCGCGGUAUACAUAUACAGUGACGCAGCGACGACCGCUUUGCAUGCUGAGGUCGUGGUGUUGGACGCUGUCAGAGUGGAUAGCCGCGAUGUAGACGUCGACGGCGUUGAGAGUCCAGAGGUAUACUAUUUAGUAUACAGUAGAGGCUGGUACUAGAGA